AGCCCCCAGGUGUGGCUGCCCAGCUGGGGAGGCGCGUACCGGAGCCGCCGCUGCCGGAGGGACCGCCAUGGGCGACGCGGCCCCGCGCUUUGCGUCCGUACCGUCGCUGCUGCUGCCGCUGCUGCUGCUGCUGCUGCUUCGGGCCGAGCGGCCGGAGGGCACCGAGCUCACCUUCGAGCUGCCGGACAGCGCCAAGCAGUGCUUCCACGAGGACGUGGAGCGGGGCGUCAGGUUCUCCCUGGACUACCAGGUCAUCUCUGGAGGCCACUACGACGUGGACUGCUCUGUGGAGGACCCUCUGGGCAACACCGUCUACCGGGAAACCCGGAAGCAGUACGACAGCUUCACGUACCGGGCUGACGUCCAGGGUGUUUAUCAGUUUUGCUUCAGUAAUGAGUUUUCCACCUUCUCUCACAAGACCGUCUACUUCGACUUGCAGGUGGGCGACGAGCCCCCUCUUCUCCCGGACAUGGAGAACAGGGUCACGGCUCUCACUCAGAUGGAGUCUGCCUGCGUGACCAUUCACGAGGCUCUGCGGACGGUGGUGGAUUCGCAGACGCAUUACCGCCUCCACGAGGCCCAGGACCGGACCCGGGCCGAGGACCUGCACAGCCGGGUCUCUUACUGGUCUCUUGGCGAGACCAUCGCCCUGUUUGUGGUCAGUGUCAGCCAGGUGCUGCUGCUCAAAAGCUUCUUCACGGAAAAGCGGCCCGUCAACCGGGCGGCCCCCUCCUAGUGGGCGGUGUCCCGUGUCGGGGUCCCUCGCACCCUGGGAUGGGACGGAGCAGCUCUCGAGGUCACCGGCCCCUGUGGGGCUGUGGGUGCCACCCCGGGGAGGCAGACGGGGCAGACUGUGCGCUCACCUCUGCUUCCACUCGCACGCUUCAGCCUUGUUCCCCAGCUUCGAUUCCUGCAACCCUGCCAUCGCUGCUCAACGCUGCUUAAUGUUUACAGGAGGAGGGUGGGGACGAGUCCUUGGGGGGCCGAGGGCCGCGCCUGGCUCCCCCAGCCUGUGUGUGUCUGGUCCCGUGUGCACGGUGGCCUCGCCUCCCACGGAGCUCUGUACUGAGAUGGCUUUGCAGAAGUUCCCCCCGCCCAGUGACAGAGCUGUCGGCCUGCACAUGCGAACAAAGUGGUGACGGGUGCCCGUGGGCAACUGUGUGUUUCCUCGGAUGCAAACUGUGGCUAAUAAAGACUGAACCUGA